AUUUGACUCAACCCGACGCGUACAUAGGGUGGGACUGAUUAUAGACAGCAUCUGUGCGAAAAUAAUUCCACAACGGACAGUACAAGAUGAUUUGCUUCAGCGUUUUAUUUGCCUUCGGUAAGUCAAUUCACCUUUGCAAUCAAUUUUCAGAUUAUUAUUAUUGGCCUUUGGUAGGUUUAUUUGGUAGCAAGUCAGUUCGAUCGAAGGUCGUUUCGAUCGAAACCAAAAGUCAGUUCCAUCGAAGACAAGAGUCAGUUCGAUCGAAGAGUAAUUGACUAUAAAAACUACAGUUUUGCAAGCGUAUAGAUAAUAAUAAAAGUUCUUGUGUUGUGUAAUGAUUGCGCAAUGUAAUAUGCGCGACGCGGAAACGCGGUUUUAAAUUGAUCUCUUUUGUCGCUACUUCCCGGCUCGCUCUUUUUUCUUUUCUUUCUCGGCGUUCCUUAUCGGCAAUGCUCAAUGAGCUAUUCGCUAUAACGUGCGUACACUGAAACACGGGGUUUAAGAAUUUAUUACUUUUGCUCGCGCGAUCGGAGUAAAAUCGCUAAGAGUCUUACUCGACCCGUCGGUGCGAAUAUAGUGAGUUUCUCCCAGAACGAGAGUGGUUUUGCCCAGAAGAAGAGGAAGUAACUAACUGAAAGGAAUUUUUUUCCAUCUUGCCAAAAAAAUGUUAAACUUUCAUUUGUCCAUAGACCUUGAAAAGAAAAUUAGUUUUUAUGUUGGGGUAUGUUCAGAACGGUAAACGAACGAACGUUGGGUAAUGAGAAAACGUCGACUUCUCUUGAGACCAUGAUGAAACGAACAAGUUGUCACUUUCACUUAGAACCAGAUUUGAUAAAUAGUAAGUUCAUUACAAUUAAGGAAUAGUUACAGUCUUCGAUCGAACUGACUCUUGUCUUCGAUCGAAUCGACUUUUAUCGAUCGAAACGACCUUCGAUCGAAACAACCUUCGAUCGAACUGACUUGCAUUCGUUAAUUCACCUUUGCCAACAACUUUCAGAGUAUCCGUUAUCGUGUCGCGUUUUCCCAGGUUGAGCAUAUGAUUCAAACACGGAGAGGCUAUCACUACGUGCAAGCCAAUAGGCAAUGUGAUAUUUGUUUCAUCCGUUUAUGUAAUGAUGUUGACUUCUUUACAGUCUCUUCGAUGAUUUCAUUAGUUCUGAUGAAUUUGUUUCUAAUUUUCUACUCAUUUUUUAGUUUUCUUAAGCAGAUUAGUAUAAUGUGCAUCGCCCUGAAGCGUGAAACUUGUAUGUUUACCAAACUCGCUCGCUGUGUACUUCACUCGAAAUAUUGGCAAAGUUCAUGUUGUUAAUCCACCAGAAUUUCAACAUUUUUUUUUGUUGUUGACAAACUUUCUCAGACCUUUCUUAGAGCAGUCGAGAUUUCGCGAAUCGGAGUAAUUCUUCUCUUUUGUUUUUGGUAAGUGAUGUCGAAGGAACGAAUCUUAAACUCGCAUGUUUGGAGAAUCAUCACUCUCCGUUUUUACUUCAAUUUAUUUGAAACAUGUAUGUACUUCAUUUUCUACAAAAUGUCACCAUCUCGGGUUUACAAAUUGUUGGUGAAUUAACUGAAAUAAGCUACAAAAUGUCACUGUCUUAUCUACAAACUGUUAGUGAAACUGGAAUGAUGGUACUUUUGCAAAGCUUAGAGCAUAUUUUUUCUAAGAAUCCUCGUGCGUCACUUCUUUCCGCGAAGAGUGAAAAUUGAAACUGGCUUCUUAUACACCUCGUGAUGGAUUUCAUUUCUAUCUGUUUCUCAGGAAGUAAGAAUCUUCAAAAUAAGUGGCUUCAUAAUUUUUCAAGGCAGAAUUCUCGUCCAACGAAGGGUCAAUAAAUGCAGUACUCACUCGGAAAGGGGCAUUACAUCGUUCUGAAACAACGUGACAAUUGUAUUUUCUCGGGAAAAGUCUCUUGCUAAAGUGACAAGAUCCCCUGUUCACAAGGGGAGACAACACUCGAAGAGGAAGGGAAACGAGUCAAUCUGUGCAGAGGAGAACUGAGUCAGUUUUGUUAAUUCAGUUAACUGAACCAGUCAGGUCGCCCUAAAGCCAUCUCUCCUGUAGUUUUGUCGCCCAGAAUUAAAGUUAUUUCACCCGAGAAUUUAGAUCAGGCUUACCGACUUAAAUUUGGCAAGAAAGUUGAGAAAUCUCUAUCACUUAAGUUGCGCUUUCCGUUUCUGAUAACAAACAACCUUUGUUUUAUAUGAAACCAAAGAAUCAAAGGUUUUCAUUGAACGCGACCUUAAUAUCGCGUGAUCUACGAAGACUUGAUCCACACAGGAACGAUCAGAAUUCAUACGAGAUAGAAUUACAUAUACAUGAGAACGCUUGUCAGAUUAUGUUUAGCCUGCAACUCAGGUGUCUUAUUAGGGCACAUGAAAGCUACAAGCUGGCUAAAUUAUGAGCCAAGUCGCAUUAGAGCGAAUUAAGAGCUAAUGUCGGCUUGAAUCAAACAAACAGCGGCAAGUCAGCCAGAUUUAUUUUCCCUCCUACUUUUUUUUUGUAGCCCAAUAUGUUCUAAUGAUUGUAGUGUAGUUUUUCUUGUAAAAAUAUAUUUUAGUUUUCGAGAAAUAAUUUUUUUCGUGCGACCGCUCAAAUAUACAAAUUUUCACAGUGUGACCUCAUGUGUGACCUCAUGUGACGAAUGUACCAGACCUAUGGUAUUUCUGUGAACAUAAGCCUUUGUUUCAUCAUCUAAACUUAAUCCCCUGUCGUUAUUGAAGCUGACAAAGAAAUAUUUAUUUUUGGUGAAAAUAUUUGUCCGACAUACUUUUCAUAAGUCGAAAAGUAGCAUCCAAAGAAAGACAGUUUUAACAAUGACCGAUAUGACACGAUCUACUGAGCUUCAAGCUUUCAUAAGACAAAAGGAUGGUUAUAAAGUUACUAUAAAAAUUUCCUUGUGUAUUUGUGUUGUUCUAUCUUGAGACGAACUCAAAGUCCGGCAAAAUUUACUUGAUAGCGACUAUGAAAUGUACAUGGUGCGCCUAUUUAUCGCCACCGUUAACUGGCAUAAAUCUCUACAAUUUGCAAAAAGAUCUAACAUAACACUCUUAUCUUGUUUAUUUAUGAUUUUAUUAGCUGUUUCGAUGAUCACGUUAAUUAUGCUCUAGCACAUUCUAGCCAGAUUUGAGUUCCUGUUUAUAUAUCUUCUCUAACUCAUUAUGUCAGAUCACGCGAUAUUAAGGUCGCGUUUAAUGAAAACCUUUGAUUCUUUGGUUUCAUAUGAAACAAACAAAGGUUGUUUGUUAUCAGAAGCGGAAACCGCAACUACGCAAUAACGACAGGUGAUUAAGUUUAGAUGAUAAAACAAAGGAUUAUGUUCACAGAAAUACCGUAGGUCUAGUACAUUCGUUACAUGAUAUGCAACCCGGGUAAUAUUCACGCUGAAAAUUUGCAUAUUUGAGCGGUCGAAUGAAAAAAGUCGUUUCUCGAAACUAAAAUAUAUUUUCGCAAAAAAAAAAACUACACCACAAUUAUAAGAACAUACUGGGCUACAAAAUAUGAAAGUAGGAGAGAAAACGAAUUUUUGGGCGACUUGCCAAAAUAUUUCAAAUUUGUACGACGGAUACUGACAUCCUCUCUUAAAAUAUUAUCCAAUUUUUCACGAGAAAAAAAUUAGGAAAAUUUUGGCAUUUUCCAAAUUUGUUCGGCAGUCCCAUCAAACUAGUGUUCUUUGACGAAAAGGUUACUGAUUGAUUCAUACGUUAAGCACAAACCCAUCUCUCUCUAAGGUCUCGGUAGGUUCUCAGGAAAUUUAAUGUAGUCAUCCCAAAGUUCAUAGAGAGAGCCAACCACAUCCUGCGCAGCUUCUAUGACGGCAGACUUUCCAACAUUGAAAGUUUGGCCAAUCUUUAGAUGAGAGUUUCCAUGAGCUAAAAGAUACAAUCCAAUGGCAAGUAUUUUUGCUGGAGAUAUCAACCGUAUCGAAGGUAGCUCUAUUCAUUCUAAGCCGCUGCCGGAAAAAGUUCUAUGGGAUAGUGCGAUCGUUGUAGUGUAUCUCAAACCACAAUCCGUUCGGAAGUGAAGGUGACUAUGCAUAUGGCGCUCGUCGCAGCCGACGAUUUCGUUUUCGCAAGUGGGCAGCUGCAAGAAAUUAUCUGUUGCGCUCAUUUAACCAUCUUUCAGUCAGGGAGACAAAAGGCAACAACUAGGUCCGCUGACGCUUAAUAACAAGCAACAACAGAUGUACGGUCGUUAUGCAAAUCUCCCUGUUCAGCAUGGCAACUGUUGUGACUAGACACAAUUCCCCCCCUAAAAUUUUCCCCGUGUGAUUGACGUUUGCAUUUUCACUUGUUAAAGGCUCAAUUUCAUUUUCAUUUCCGGUCUGAUGUAAAUUGAUUUUCCAGCCGAUUUUAUCCAAGCCAAAAUAAAAAUUGGCCUGUAAUGCGACUCAGCCCAACACUGCGUAUGAUAUUUCAAAUUCACCAAAAUAUCAUGAGUGACGAUAUUCAUUGUUAUACCUUGAGAGAAAAUUUUACAAACCGGCUGGGCUCUUGAUACCGUAUGAUAGUGUGGAAGCUAAAAAAAACCGCAAACCUGCGAAGCUAUCAAUUUGCUAUUCAAACAUCAGAGGACUGUUUACGUGGUUACGUAGCCUUAACUAAACUCGUGGAGGGAGGGAGGAAGGAGUGGGGGGUUGGGAAUGUUGGGACUGGGAGAAUUUGAGAGAGUCAUGUCAACGCGAGAAGCUAGAGAGGGCUUGUAGGACCUUCUCGAAUUCUCCCAGACAACAUAUUCAAUAAUUAAGUUCAACUGUUCGGCCGUGGUGGGAAAAUCUGAGAUCUGGGCAUAGCUGUAAUGGCCGUGUUACGUACACGUUGACAUCAUUCUAGUUAAUACGUAGAUUGAUGAAUUCAAUCAAAUAACUUUAAUUUGAUUUUUGUUUUCGCUUUUUUAAAGUUUUUCUCGUUGGAAACGAUGCUGCCCUUCCUAACGUGGGCUCUUGUACUUUCAUGGAGCACUACUGCAGCGCUCGUAAAUGCAGCACUGCUUUUAUUAAAAUUUUUCAAAAAGACCCAAAAGCAAAUUGUGGGUAAGUACAUUUGAAGAGCGAACAUUCUUAAGGACAUAGGUAUGCUAAAUAUUGUUUGCUACAAAUCUGUUGGGCAACAAUUAGCAUUUUCCUCAUAUUUAUUGUUGCUGUCAUUCAUAAUUAUUCACAGAACUUCAUAGCCAGGUCGCAUUCGCUUCUGUAGUUUCUAAUUGCCUAUUCCUUCCCCAUCCUGAUUUCUUUUAGUUGGUUAUUGCCUUUUGUUAGUUUUUCUCUUAUCUUCAGCUGUUUUUCUUUUCUUUUUUUCUUAUAAAGGUCAGUGUACUGCCCCACAUAAAAUACAUCAAAAGAUCGCAAUUUGAUUCGACUGUUUGACCAUAAUAGUUUUUAUCUUCUUGGUAUUACAGUGCGGAGCUUAGCAAACUGAAGAAUUGUGUUGUCGACGUGAUGAUGGUCUGCAUGGGAGAUUCACUGCAAGAAAGUCAGGUCAGAGAUAUCGUUGACAUGACCUUCACGGAAAAACAGCAGUGUCUGGAUGGUUCUAUGGAAAUUCCCACCAUGCCGCCAACCAGCGGAUCAAUUUGUUCAGCAUCAUUUAGCAGUAAUGCAGACACUUGCGUUCGAUCCUUUCACCAAAAAUUUGCCAAGGACAAAUCAGAUCCCGCUCUUUGCUCGUAAGUUUAACGAAUGUGCAUUUUAAAUAUUUAAUUGAAGGGGGAAGGGAAGGGAGGUGUGCGGACCAAAAGAGCUCGAUACUCGUUGUUACAGCUUUUCUAUGCACAUGCGGUGAUAAGGUUCGUUUAACGUGAAAAAAGGCUUUAAAAGAGGUGGGGAGGGUUAUGGGCAGUGACCCAGUGAAAACGAUCAUUUCCAUUAAGGUGCCAGCGCACCAAACAGUAUAUCACUAUUGUGUUCUUUAGAGGACUUUCGUUUUUUAUUUAUUUCAUUUGAUUUUAUUUUAUAGUGAACGUUGUGAAUUUUUUUUUCUAUUUUUUUUAAGGGAAAAUGCCAAAGCAAAGAGGUGUUUAAAGAACCUGAUAGAUUUCGACUGCAACUUCCCCGCCCUGGCCAAGGAAGCGCUAGAAUUGGCUUACAGUGACUACAAUCCUUUCUGCGCAAACAAUCGGGAUCCUGGGGCCACCGGAAAUGAUCAGUGCGAUGGCGUGCAGGAUAAGAGUGGUGAUGCAUUGAAAUAUUUCAAUGCAGCCGCUGGAAUCAAGUCCGGUGUACUGCAGACGCUGAUGUUUGCUUCCUUUUUUUUGCUUUUGUUUUUUAAAGUUUAGAAGGCUUUAGCCCCUGGUUUGUCUUGAGUUACAGAAUAGUUUCUAGACUUAGAAAGUUUAAAAUGACACAUGACACUUGUAAGAGGCGUGUUUCAAUAAAUUGUUUGCAUUAAUUUUUUUUGUUUUUUUGUCUUUCGUUCUUCAAGGAAUACUUCGUCAUUUAUAGGUCGGGGCUCUAGCCUGACAG